GCAUAGCUCGCGAGUAAUCAUGGCGUUCAGCGUGGGACCGAGUCUGCGGGAGCAGGCGAAAUCGACAAACUCGCUCCUGUGCCUGCUGCAGGCGCUCACCACCAGGGUGACGACGGUCGAGCUGCGCAACGAGAGUUCCGCCAGGGGGCGCAUCGUCAACGUCGACGGCUUCAUGAACGUGCAGAUGGGCGACGUGACCUUCACGACGGCGCGCGGCGAGACGCGCCUCUUCGAGUAUUUCUACGUGCAGGGCAAGCAGGUGCGCUUCGUCCACAUCCCCGACAACGUCGACAUCAUCAAGGCCAUAGAGGGCCAGCUGAGAGGCUUAGGGAAAACCCGCGCGCCCGCGUUCAGGGCCGUCGCCAAAAUGCCCAAGAGAAAGGCGAAGCCUGGCAGGGGACGCGCGAUUGCCACUGCGAGGCCAUCCAACUCGGUCGUGGCAUCCGUGCCGGGGCCACCGAAGAACAUGUAAAGUUUGCUAGGGGUUCCCUGUGAUAUUUACUGUAUUAGCAGGUCGCACAGUUCAGUGUUGUGGAGAGGCUCGAUCUUCAACUUCAUACCGUGUGAUUAUACGUAGAAAAUUUAGUGUUGAAGUUAGUAAAACCGUUAUUAGACUCAUUUUGGCGAUUUGUGUUAAUACCAAAUAGUUGUAUAUUCACUUUAAUAUCUUCAGACUUUAUUUUCCAGUUAUUAUUUGUACGUUGAUAUUACAAAGUUACGCUCGUGCCUUUCCGCUAACAUGUAGUUAUUUUUGCAGUAAAUCAAUAAAAAUCAAAUAACUACACUUUA